UGGCCUAGAGAGAAUGGUGGCUUGUUUAUAGAUUAUAACAUUUGUGUAUGUGGAGCCUCUUUUUGAGAGAUUAAUUUUUGUUUGAACUCAUGGAACUGUGUAAAAAUUGUUUUUGUAGCUUUUUUUUAGAACUUUGUUUCUUUUUUCAUGUUUGUUAUUUGAACUUCGGCUUUGAGAUUGUGAAAAUUCUAGCUAAAUUUGGUCUAACAAACUAUCUAAGAGAUUUGAUGCUUUAUCAUCCAUAUAAAAAUUGGCCCGUCGAAGUAGUGCAGUCCACCAAAGAGUAUACCGAGGAGGACUUCACAGAGCAAAUGUUAAAAGGGAAUUACUCAUCAGGAUCACAUGGGGAAGGCGCAUUUGAAUUUCCUGGGCUAUGCAGUGACUUGGAGGCAAUAGAACGUGAGUUCUUUGGCGGGGUUAAUCGUUUCUUUGAUGUUGCUGAGGAGAUGAGAAACAGUUUCUUCGAUGCUUUUGGAGACUUUUAUGGCAGGGGAUCUUCAUCACUACCAUCUCCAAGGUGAGGAAUACCCGUUGGAGGUCAUCCUCAGAAGAAAGCUUCUCCUAAACGAGACGAAUCCGGGCAUUUUGAUUUGUCAGGUUUAGCUAAAGAUGUUUGAAGUGUUCUUUUUUUUUUUUGUAAGAGCUAGCCUCGUCAUGUUUUCUUCAAUGUGGAUAAAAGUAAUGUAUGCAUAAAGAAGUGGAAUGGUAUUUUUGUGACAGUAGUGUGCACUUGGGUCAUGGUGUUUGUUGUGCAUUUCAGAGAAAUAAAUUUGUGGCCUUCACAUUUUAUAUG